UUGGUGACAACUGACAAGCAUUUUCGAAGAUGGAUUGGAGAAGCAGAUCAGCUGAGAAUCCCACUCGAGUCAAUUUCUCUCGUUAUGGGAGUGAAAGAGGUCAUCAGUCAUCACAAAACAAAGCAUGUAGGUCUAAUAAGCCUACAUUCACUCGCAUCAAUCCUGGCACCAAAUUGUUGGAUAACGAAGACGUUGAGGGGGUACAUCUGGUGACUGAUUUUGACCUGGUUCGUGACAUUCAAGUGCUUUUGGGAAGAUUCACCAAAGGACCGACGAAUAUUUUCCCUGCAAUGUGGUCCGUCUCCUUGUCUAUGAAAAACGUCAACCGGCUUGCAUCGGGGCCUUAUGUGGUGGGACCCAAACCAUCCGGACCGCGAUUCAUGAUUUACAUUGAUCAUUCCGGGGAUAAUUUCCUGGAGAAUAUGACGCAACACAUUUUUCGUGUCGACGAAGAUCACGCCAUUAAGAUAGAAACGUCUGACGGGAGACCAAUAACAGACACUGUUCUCGAUGGAAUAAUUACAAGCGAAAAAUCAAUUGAUGAUGCCAGUUGUAAUGGAAAAGAGGCUACCAGGAAAUUGACAUUUGUAAUUCUGGACGCAAUUAGAUGCAACGGAAAAGACCUGACUGGUCUCAAUAUCCUUGAACGACUUGCCUUUGUCAGGGAUGAGAUCAUGAUAUCAAGGACGCAUGUUUGCGUGAAAGAGAAGGAAGUAUUUGAUUUGGAUAUUGUCAAAUACGAGGAAGCGUAUCAGACUGAAAAUUACUUCUCUGAUGAAUUCAUCAAUGAUUACAAAUAUCCAUUCCGUUCUCUAGUCUUUAUUCCACGACAAAAGGGUUACAAAUCGGAAAUCAAUUACGACGUCUUUAAAUGGCUGGAAAAUGAUGUCCACAAAUGUUGUUUUCGGCUUAAAGUUCCAAAAGGAGUUGAAGACCCAAAAGUAGCUGAGCUUCAUAUAUUAGGCCCUUAUCGCUCUGAAAUCAAAUACGACACGAUUAAACUGACAGAGGAAAUUAAAACGUUUGAUGAAUGUAUCAUUGAUUGCCGCUACUUUGAACACCAAUGGAUUUCAUCACGCAGCGCCAUGACCGCAAUCGCCCCAAUGGAAGGCGCGCAAUUAUGGGGAAAAUGGAAGCGCUAGAAAAUGCUGUUUCUCGUGAUCAUCUCCUGGCUACUCUAGAAAAUUCUAUAUAGGUUUGGAAUAAAAUUUGUUUUUCCUUCGGUUUGUCUAUUAUAGCUGUGUGUUCAUGGUUUAAUCAAGUUCAUCCACGGUUAUUAUGUAAAAAAAAAAUAUCAUUAGAAAUACACUAAUAAUAAGUUGA